CAGUGAUGAUAAUAUCCAAAGGCCAAAUCUCUUCCAGAGACAUUGAGACGAUACCAAUGAGCCGGGACGACAUGGACAAAAUGGAAGCACUAACGAUUCAAAUCUUCCUUCUCCUUGGCGCUGCCAUGGUUUCCAUAGGUGGGCGAUUGUACAUCCGAUGGCGGCAGGUCGGAAUGAAGAAUCUUGGUCUUGAAGAUGUGCUUGCGAUUGCGGGAGUGAUUCUGUUUGUGCCUAAUGUAGUCUUGGCGUACAUUAUGAACACGCAAACCCAUUGGAUGGGGAAUCACUCUAUUAGCGACAAUGCCGGAACGCAGCUGAGCAGUGUCGAAUAUCAGACGAGGGAACUUGGAUCGAAACUAUAUCUAUACAGCUGGCUAUCCUAUUCGGCCGCGCUGUGGAUGUUUAAAGCAGCGUUUCUUGCGAAUGUCCUUCGUCGAACAUCCGAAUCCUGCAGACGACAAAUGCACCAGUAUAUCGGCUUUGGCUUCUUGCUUGUAACAUGGGUGGCAACAACGAUGGCUUUCCUCCAAAGCUGUCGGCCUCUGUCUCACAUGUGGCAGGUAUAUCCUAACCCGGGGCGAUACUGUCAGCCUGCUACUUCGCCGGUGCUGGUAUGGGUGUAUUUCAGCUUCGAUACCAUCACGAAUCUCUAUCUAGCGUCUGCAGCCAUUCCUGUCGCUACUAGAAACGAUAAACCCACGUGGGAAAAACUCCAGUGGGUCGCAACGCUUGUUUGCGGGCUUCUUGCCACGGCGGCCGCAGUUGCGCGGGCUGUCAUUCUGGUAUCGAACCAUCAUCUAAAUGCAGAGCGAACUGCGGAGUCUUGGGCGAUCUGGCAGAUCUUCAUUUAUGCUGCUGCCAUUGGCCUCACAGAGGUGUUUUACCAUCCAGCAGGAUCUCCUUCUUAUCCACCUAUGAGAGACAUUGACGAUGUCGUCUUCAACAAUUAUAUUUACUCGGAACGGUUCUCUACUAGACAACACAGUCUCGCCGAGUCAGAGGCAACCAUUGUCGUCACACCCGAGGUGACAAAUUUGUAUGAGAAAUUCGCCGACGCGUCGAUCCGGGAAAUUGAGGUACAAGGCCGUCGAAACUCGGGGAUUCAACGCAAAGUGGAAGUAUCAGUGCUCCAGGAGAAUUUUGUCAUAGCUCCGGAAGGGCCAUGCGAGAUCUGUGGAAAUUACACAAGAAGCUGGGCGAAUGAUGAGGAUGCAAACAAACCCGAGCAGAGGAGCUCCUUUUUUGGAAGCAGCAUCCAUUUCCAUGUGCCAAAAUAUGGCAUUAAUCACAAGGAACUGCAUGAAUCGGCGUUUUAACUUGGCUAUUUUUAUGAUGCUUUUAGCGUUACAUCGGAGUUUGUUCAUCAAUUGGUCUAUGAUACGGAUGGGUGUUGGGACUGGAUAACUAUUUAUGGAAUUGGGAUUAAUCGGGUUUUAAGAGAUAUCUCCUUGUUUCUAUAUCACUUUGAUGUUGAAUGAAGACAAAGAAUUGUCAUCACGCUGUCUUUUGUUACUUUUUUGUUUUUAUUGUUAGUCAACUAGGAAUGCAGUCUAAAGGUAUACGAUGUUGCCUCCUUUGUUGAGAUAUCUUUUUAUUUCCACAUAUCUCCGUC